AUGCAGCAUAUUGUAGAGAUUCUUCCACUUGAAAUAAUCGAAACUAUUCUUGCCUAUUUGCCACUUGUCGAAUUGUUAUUUUGUGCUUCAAAUGUUUGCAAACAAUUUCGGGAGGCUGCCUUUCCUAGUCUUUCCAUCAAUUUUCUUCAAGAAAUUUCGCUGUUGGCCACAGAUGAAACUCUGGAAGAAAUUAAAACUUUGCAAUUGAACGGAUUCAAUGAAUAUUCCCAAAUAUUUACCAACAAGUUUGGAAGAAUAAUUAUCAGAAAAAUUAUGAGAGAACAUGUUUUUGAAUUGGCAAAGACAUUAGUGAAAGCAAAUAAGGAAUUGUGCAAAAUUGCUGAUGCGAAUUCAGAUAUCAAGCCGAAAGAUAAGGAUUUCAGUUCAGUUCUGGCUGAUGAUCAUGAAUUGAUGUCUGAAUUCGAAGUGACUUGUCAGUUUUUUACAUAUUUCAAAGGUGCUGAACCAAAAGAACGUAUGGAAACAAAUCAAAGCAAAACUUCAAUAUUUAGCAAAUUCACUUCACUUUUUAAAAAAGAAAAUUCUCAAGAAAAAUCAACUGUUGUUGCUAGUUCAAAAGAAAGAGAACAAUCGUUUAAGUGUAUUAUGCUUGGUGAUUCAGCUGUUGGAAAGUCAUCUUUAAUAGACAAUUGUAUUUUGAGGAAUAGACCAGGUACUGAUAGAACUAUUGCAAGUGGAUUUCCAACAUAUACUGAACUUUCGUACAAGUUGAAAGAGAAAGUUGUUUUGAAAAUGUGGGAAAUUACAGGAAUAAUGAAAGCUGAAACAAUUUCUCUUUAUAGUGCAAAGAUUAAUUUGCAAAUCUUCAUGUUUGAUUUUGGAACUUAUUUCACAAGUUCAUUUCCAAAAGUAGAAGAAUAUUUGAAAAUGAUGAAAACAGAAUGUGAAACAAUAUUGAUUGGAAAUAAGAAAGAUCUUUUGGAGGAUGAGAAUUGUAGUAAAACAGCUCGUGAAUUUGCUUUGAAAAAGAUGAAGGGAACUCUAUAUGUUGAAAUGGAUACAAUAGAUAUUCAAAUGGCACAUAGUGUGAUAUUAUAUUCUGCAUUGAUAUUGUUUUUUACGAAUAAUAAAUUGUAA